UGAGAGUGGGGGCUCAACUCUGGCUGCCAGGCUGUCCUGGGUGCAGCAGGAAGCAACAUGACUUAGGUGGCUCUGCCCAGAGGUGCGCCAGCCACGAUGCAGCAGCUACGAGUGGAGACGGAUGCCAUCGGGGCCGGCGAGGGGCCGCCGCGCGCGGUGCCCUGGUCAGCCUGGGUCUCCCGGGAGGGCUGGGCGCGCUGGUGCAUGUGUCACGUGCCCCCGAGCUGGACCCAGUGGUGGGCGACGUCCGGCUGGCGGCAGCCGCUGCAGCGCGUGCUGUGGGGUCUGGAGGGGGUCCUCUACCUGCUGCUGGCCCUGAUGCUGUGUCACGCGCUCUUCACCACCGGCUCCCACCUCCUGAGCUCCCUGUGGCCCGUGGCGGCGGCGGCGUGGCGCCAUCUGCUGCCGGCUGUCCUGCUGCUGCUGCUCAGUGCCCUCCCCGCGCUGCUCUUCGCCGCCUCCUUCCUGCUGCUCUUCUCCACACUGCUGAGCCUCGUGGGCCUCCUCACCUCCAUGUCUCACCCAGGCAACGCUCAGGACUUGGACCAAUAGAAGGGCAACCCCA